AUGUUCAACGACGAAGGACUAGGUGGUAUGACUGCUCGCAUACGCAACAAACAGCAAGCCGCCCCAGAUGAGAGUGGAAUCGGGCCUUGGUCAGAGGAACUAGAACACUUAGUAUCCGGCGCACAGUGUCGCACCCGGGAGUCUGAGCUGGCAAUGGAAAUGCGCCUGGAGGGGCUGCGUCUUCAAGAAGCCCUGUGUGCUCGCGACGCGGUCGCUAAACACUUCACCACUGCGUGCAUCUCGAUCCGGGAGAAGACCGCAGCCAUCGAGCGCUUGCAAUACGAGAAAGGUGACCUGGAGAAACAGCUGAAGCUCUUGAAUGGCAGGCAAGCUACCUUUCAUGCGCCAAAUACGACCACUCAAAUUGCCGAGGACAAGCGGAAGCUAGUGACCGAGGUUGCCAAGCUAGCCGAGAUCCUUCGCGGCAUGCAAGAUGAGAUCGCCAAGGUAGGAAAGGCGCAUAUACCCGGUUCUGCAAGAGGCCAUAGGACCCCUCUGCUAGAAACGGAAAAUGCGUGCCAAACUAGCAAGCCGGACUGGGAAGUCUCCGUUCACAGGAUCUUGUCUCUUAUCCAUGAUUCUCACUCACUCGGUGCUCUGCGUGACGCUACCAACGACGGACCAAGCUUAUUGUCGCCAAUGUCCCCUUCUCCGGCGAUGACUUGGUCUCCCCGGACGCCACAGGCAGAACUGGCUACGGAAUUCCAUAGAUUGACAAUUGAAGACAGCACGCGGGCAGACCACACAGCCCAUGCCGGCGGCCCAGAUGCAAUGGAGAAGAUUCGAGCCAGGAACGCAACGCUAGCGGCUCUUCCUCUGCCCUCGGAGACACCUCCUGAUGUCCUCAGGCCUAUCUUCAUUCCUUCUCCAUUUACAUUCCAAGAUUUCCUUGGCACCACCACUGUGGAGUCGACGACGUCUUGGUGUCCUGAGCGUGAGGAACACGGGUACUUCCUUACGCCCAUGUACAAAUGUCAUACCAAUCCCCGUGUGACGACCGCACACCAGUGGACUGCUGCUGACAUUGACACGAAGCUGGACAAGCCAACCGAAUGCUUCUACAACAAAGACGGCAAGUGGUACUACGCCGGAGUCUACAAGGCAUUCUGGCUGGCCCAGCUGUCGACGCAGGAGUGGGAUGCACUCUCGACGGAGACCGCUCAAGCGCUAAUCAAAGAAACGCUCGCUGGGCGGAAGAACACGUCGGCGCAGAACGUCUACGAGACAGGACAGCUGUACGCGGCGGGUGCGCUGAAGGUGGGGUGUAUCGGGCUGCAGUGUAUCGGAUUCAACGAGGGGCUGUAUGUGAUGGUUAUGGAACAGGCGGGCAAGUGUGGGCAGACGGGGCGGUGGCGGGUUGGGACGUCGUGCGGGGGACAUAGCCCGGGGGCGACGUGGACGACAAUGACGAUGCCACUGUCGCCGAACAUAGGAAGCGCGAUUGCGACCAGCGGCGCCAGGAUGGAGAGCAAGCUGGACCAUGUGGUUGACGACAGAUCACGAAAGCAACAAAAGGCUUGGGAGGAGCACGAACCACUGCACUAA